GCAACUGAUGUGCGGUGGCGUUUCCGGGAAGAUGGCGACGGUGGAAGUGGCUACGGAGCUGGGAACAGUAGUGACUGCUGUCGGGCCUAAGGCGAAGGACGAGGAAGAAGAAGAAGACGAGGAGGAGUCGCUGCCACCAUGCGAGACUGUGCGCUGGGCUCCCGUGGGGGCAGUUGCCGAGGCCGGUCCUGGGGCGGCGACGUUCUCGGAGGAGGCGGCAGCCGAAGAGCCUGGAGCGGCUCCGGGCUCUCCUCCCGACGCGACUGUCCGCACGCUGAGGCGGUUGCAAGCCGAGCGGCGGCAGCUGGAUUCGGCCCUGCUCGCGCUGUCCUCGCACUUCGCGCAAGUUCAGUUCCGCCUGCGCCAGGUAGUGCGGGGGGCGCCGGCGGAGCAGCAACGUCUCCUGCGCGAGCUCGAAGACUUUGCCUUCCGCGGCUGUCCUCACGUCCUAGGUUAUGAGGGGCUGGAAGACCCUUGUGGCAGUGAAGAAAGCGAUGUGCUGCCGGGGGACCGGCCACGGGUGCGCGGCGAGGUCCAGGGCUUGAGUGAACAGGAAAAACGGGAGCGCCUGGAAACUCAGAGGGAGAAGCAGAAAGAAUUGAUUCUGCAGCUCAAGACCCAGCUUGAUGACCUGGAAACCUUUGCUUAUCAGGAGGGUAGUUAUGACUCCUUGCCACAGUCCGUGGUCUUGGAAAGACAGCGGGUGAUCAUCGAUGAGUUAAUAAAGAAACUGGACAUGAAUCUGAAUGAGGACAUCAGUUCCCUGUCCACCGAGGAGCUUCGACAACGUGUGGAUGCAGCGGUGGCUCAGAUUGUCAACCCAGCUCGGGUGAAAGAGCAGUUGGUGGAACAGCUGAAAACCCAGAUCCGGGACCUGGAGAUGUUCAUCAGCUUCAUCCAAGAUGAAGUGGGAAGCCCUCUGCAGACAGGAGGACACUGUGAGUGCAAGACCAGCGGGAAGGCAGGAAUCAGUUCCACCAGAGCAGGCAGCAGCACACUGCCCCCAGGGCCUGACAAAGCAGCAAAGGCAGAAGACACGAAGCGGGUCCGGGAGACAGGGCUGCACCUGAUGCGGCGAGCGCUGGCUGUGUUCCAGAUCUUCGCUGUUAGCCAGUUGGGCUGUGCCACCGGCCAGAUCCCUCAAACCCUGUGGCAGAGGGGCCAGGCAGACAGAGACUACUCCCCAUUACUGAAAAGACUGGAAGUAUCCGUUGACAGAGUAAAGCAACUAGCCCUGAGACAUCAGCCACAUGACCAUGUCAUCACCUCGGCCAACCUCCAGGACCUCUCUCUGGGAGGCAGAGAUGAGCUGACCAUGGCUGUGCGGAAGGAGCUGACAGUGGCUGUGAGGGACCUGCUGGCCCAUGGACUAUAUGCUUCCUCCUCUGGGAUGAGCCUUGUCAUGGCCCCCAUUGCUUGUUUGUUGCCAGCUUUCUCCUCGGCCCCUGAGACCAUGCACCCCUGGGAGCUCUUUGUAAAGUACUAUCAUGCCAAGAAUGGCCGUGCAUAUGUGGAAUCCCCAGCCCGGAAGCUCUCACAGUCCUUCGCUCUGCCUAUAAUGGGUGAUGCUGCUGUGACCCCCAAACAGAGCCUUCUGACAGCCAUCCACCUGGUGCUGACAGAGCAUGACCCUUUCAAGCGCAGCGCUGACUCGGAACUGAAGGCGUUGGUAUGCAUGGCACUGAACGAGCAGCGCCUGGUGUCCUGGGUAAACCUCAUCUGCAAGUCAGGGUCCCUCAUCGAGCCCCAUUACCAGCCCUGGAGCUACAUGGCCCACACAGGUUUUGAGAGCGCCCUCAACCUGCUCAGCCGCCUCAGCAGCCUCAAGUUCAGCCUUCCUGUCGACUUGGCCGUGCGCCAGCUCAAAAAUAUCAAAGAUGCCUUUUGAUGAGAAGGCCUAACCUUAGCCCCCACACACCUUGCUCUGGAGAAGUAGAUGUCCUAGAAUUGUAGAUUAAAAGCUAGGGAGUCAGAGGAAUGGUUAGAGACAGUUUCUUAGACCCUUUCUAGACCCUUCAGGUGGUCAGCUAAUGGUAGCAAAGCCUACUUUUCUCUUUGAAGUUUAGAAAGAUGUGACAGAGAGUCCCAGCAAAAAUAGUGCUGGGGCCUGAGAGAAGGUUCGCCAGGUAAAGAUGCUGCUGUCACACCUGGCAAUCUGAGUGGUACAGGGAGAGCAGAGCUCCCACUAACUAUCCUCUUACCUCCACACAUGAACUGGAACAUGUCAAUUCCUGCCCAAACACAAGUAAGUGUAAUAAUAAAAUCCAAAAAAUAACAGUAUCAGGACUAGAGAUGUAGCUCAGUGGUACGGUGUGUGCAAUGCAUGCACAGCCAGUGCUGAGGAUGCUAAAAGCAACAGAAGAAGCUGACCCGAGCCCACCACAGUGUGCCUGGCCCACUGUUGGAGCCUGCGGUAACAAAAUCAGUUACCACACAGCUAAUGCCCAACUCACCGUGCCAUGUCUGAUUUUUAGAAAAUGCAGGUUCGCCCUUCUCUUCACCGCAGCCACAAGACACUGACCUUGAGGCUCCUGCUAGGAAGAGUCUUUAUCAGAGCAGCUUUGAGGGCGCUAGGGCCAGCACUGUAAUUCCAGUUAUGAAUUCUGAUUCCCCUUUGUUCUGAGGGAGUUAUGAGAAGGAGGUCUCCCUGCUGAGGUGAUCUCACACUCAGUCAGCACUCCUCUCAUUAUAAAGAAAGACAGCUGAUGUCCUUCCUGUGCUGUUUCGGGAAAGUCACUUUCUUCUGUGGGCCUCUCAUGACUGACAGUCUCAGAAGUGAAAGCGUUCAGAGGAAUUCCUGUCUGUCAGGAGCGCACAGCACUCACGGUGAUGAGUUCCACUCAUUGGUGCAACUUGUCCUGGAGACUGGAGGUUUGAUCUCGCAGUGUGCACAGUGGCAGGGCCUGCAUGACUGUGGAGGUGACUCCCUCAUCAUUCAGCUUGCAGAGGGCACUUGCUCCAGGACUCAGUGAAGAUGGGUGAACCAAACUGCCCCCUGUACUUUGUUCCCGUGAAGUGCCCUUUGCCUUGUUUCAGCAAUGUGUCACUUGAGAGGCAUCAUGGACACUUAGUGUUUCCCAGGGUUUGGGCUCGGAAUGCGGCUCUGUGGUAGAGUGCUUGCCUGGUAAAUCCUUAGCACCAACCCCAGGAGACAAAAGAUAAUUGUAAAAUAUCAUGAAUAAUGAUAUAUCUGUGAUUGCUAAUAAAGUUUCAGUAUUUUGGGUAGCUUCUCUGCAAAGCCCAUA